GUUGAUUAUAAUAAGGCAUGGCGGUAAAUUGACUCGUGGGCCGCCCCGGUGAAUAGGUGACAAUGUACAUACUACCGGUUACGCCUGUAAUGUAGAUACACUGAGACGACAUGUAGAAAGGGAUGGAAAAGUAUUGCCCCUUGUGCGCAGGAAAAGGAUUGAAGAAACAGCUUAAAGCAUUUCAGCUUAAUCUCACUGAAGCUGUAUGGUUGUGCGAAUCCGAAGAGUGUGAAUGGCCCUAUGGACACGAGGACUUUAAUUUUUUUACAAGAAAGGUUGGCGAGGCAUGGUCUUAUGACUGGGCGUCUUAUAAAAAUAAGCUGAAGACAGUAAAUGCUCCUAUUGCGUCUGAGUUAGCAUUAUAUACUCCACCAGUAACACCUAGUAGCGACGGUCAUCAGAAAGAUUCCUUGCCAAGUGACAUCAUGGGUUUCACAACAGCUCAUGAAUUAGAAAAGGAAGCCAGUGGUGUGUUCGCAAGUAGUGGAAACAUAAUGUUAACAAAUAGUGGGAAGAUUCUUCAACAAGAGAAUCAAAAAACACCAAAACUGACUUUGAGUAGCCACGUUAAAAGUAUUGUACCCGUUUGUACCAAUUCUAAGCCAGUUAUAGAAAGCAUAAAUUCAGAAAAGAAGUUAGCACUUAGUAACUUUGAUAUCAGUUUUUUAAAGGAAAAUAGUAUUGACCGUGCUAGCGGUAACUCAGAUGUAAAUGAAACCAUUCAACAAAGUGAACUAAGAACCAGCAUUGUAGAAAAUGUACAAUCUGGUAUGAAGUGUACGAAAACCUUAAUUAGUCAUACGAGUGUAAUUGAAGAUGGAUUCGAUACCAUCAUACCUCUGCAGUUGAAUUCUAAAGAUAUUACAACUAUACCUACAUGUGACAAACCGAGCAUACCUAUUAAUCGAUGUAAUAAUAUUGUACCUAAUGAAGGUUAUGUAGAAGAAGAGGAUAUUCAAAAAGAGUGUAAAAAUGUGCAGGGAAUGAAUGAAGACAAAGAUUUUCCUAAAAUUGUAAGCAUUGAGAAGACAAAUUUUGCUAUCAAUGGCAUUGUAGGUAAAACUAUUGGUUUCCAUUCAAAAUCCUCCACAGGUGUUAAUACUCCUGAAGAAGUUUGCGUUGUAAAUACUGUUCCAAGAGAUAUAAAAGUGAUAAAAGAUAGAUGCAACAUUUCCAAAACUCAGUCAAGGAUAGAAUUACCAUUAGAAUUAAAUUCUAGUCAAAAUAAUCAGGAGCUAGUUAUAAAUACUAAUUGUGUUAAUAUGAGUUCACCAAACAUUCAAAUAACAACAAUGAAGGUAGAUGGAUUGCCUCCAGUAACUCUUGCUUACGAAGUAAUAACAAAUGAUGUAACUGAUGUUAAACCUACUAUAUCUGAUAUGAGUGGUUCAUGUAAUGCUGCACAAAUUGGUACUUGUAGUAAACUCAAAACUGUUCCUGGACCUUUAAAUAAUAAUCGGCUUAAGCGUUCAAAACGUCAUAAUAAACGAAAUUUGUCAGAAGGAAAACGAUAUGAGAAGUUUAGCUUUACUGCUCUCCAGAAUCAAAUAGAAAAUGGUAAAAGUACUAAUACUUCUGAGGAUUCAAAAGAAAUAUCAAUUGUAGAUGGCGAUCUUUCUAUGAAUACUAUUCAGAAGAGUGUUCCAAGUAUACCUGCUGCUACAUUAACAAGUGAUUUAAUGGCUUCAUCUAAUUGUAGUUCUUCCGAGACUUAUCCAACUAUAAAUUCUGAUGAAACCAAUAUUUUAUUGUCAGAGCCAAAUAUUGAGUUAACUAUCAGUAAUUUUAUAUCAUCAUCCACAAAUGUGCCUAAUGACACAUCACAACCAGAUUGUGACACAAAUUUGGAAUGCUUAUUAGAUGACUUAUUAGUCAACCAUUGUCAUGUUUCCCAAGAAGCAAAUGAUGAUUGGUUGAUGUCUUUGCUAAAUUAACUAUAUUGAUUACUUUAGUGAAAAGUGAGCUUUUGUGUUAUACAAGAAAGGAGUUAAGCAGUUAUGUAUUUUGAGUAUUUUGUUUACUUUGUUACCUGAGGCAUUAGCUAAUGUAUUAAAGCGCGAUACCAUACUAAAUACCACUUCAUAAUUAAAUAACUACAAUACUUAAUAGGAUAAUUUGUCAAAGCCCCAAAAUAAUUUUUUUUCACCCUGCAGAUAAAAUUUUCCUUUUGUAAUAAAUUUAGUAAGCAGAAUCACUAUACGUCUUUAUUUCAAGAAAGAUCAUAUUUCUGUGCAUGGUAGAUCUCAUGUAGUUUUUUUAACAUGCAUAUUUAUAAUUAAUGCGGUGUUCACUGUGUAGUUCACUCAUCAGUGCACUCAUAUUUAGUCAGCAACUGUUAUUUUUUAAGACUGCUUAAGUGACAAUAUUUAAGUGAAAAUUUGGCUAUGUACAAAUUGAAUUAUUUAGAUAUAAAGGAGGUGUUCUUAAUUGUUUAAUACUAUUAUAAUUAGUAUAUAUUAUAAUCAAAGGUUUUCACAGGAUUAUGAUGUAUUGUAACUUAUCCAAUUCCAUUUUAUAUAUAACAUGUAAUAUCUGUAUGCAAAAUCGUGGAAAAUAUUUUUAAAAGUUAUCAAUCAAAUCAUUCCACAUGGUGGUUUACAUUAAUUUGCAAGAUAGUGGUACAACUGCAGAGAAUUUUUAAACUGUUGAGCAUUAAUUACAAAACAUCAUGGUUCUGGUGAUAUGUAAAUACUGCAUAAGAUUCAUAAAUUGUAAUUUGACAAAACCUUUUUUAUGUGAAAGUAGUGAGAAACUUAUGUUACACAAAUUACAUUGUUUUAUUUCAGCAAAAUUCUGUUAGUUUUAUCGAUUGCUUUCGAGAUACGAUUUUAAUUAACAUGAUGGAAUAUUGUCGCGUAGAACAAUGUCGAAAGCAUACCUCGAGAAUGACAGGGAAUAAAUUACUUCAUUCAGUUGAAUGUUA